CACGAAAGUUCCCCCCCGGUCGCAGGCGGUGGGACAAAGGACCGGACAGUGAAUGGAGUCAGCCCAGCAAGCCAGCAAAGCUUACUCAACUGCAAGCUGGGGCACUAACUAUGGGCCACUCUAUCAUCGAUGACGCCAGAAUUGGGGGAAGCUGGCCUGCUCCUCGUCAUACGUCACUCGACGCUCAUCCCGCGCCGCCUCCCUGAUUCUUCUUUUUGACGAGAGAUCGCCAGCUCUGCGACCAAUAAAUAUCUUCAUCCCGGGACGUUGUAGUCUUAAUCUCUGUUGCUUAAGAUCUCACAAUUCACAAUUCAAACAACAACAAUCAACGCUCGAUAUAAUCUCUACCUCUCGCCAGGAUGAAGCUUCAUUUGGCUUCGUAUCUGGUAUUUGCGCUCGCAACCUUUGAGGCGGUUGGAGCUUCCAGCUGGUUUAGCAAGGCUGUUUACAACAAAUGGCAUGAAACCGAGUUAGAAAGAUGGCUUUCUGAUCAUGACAUCCCGUACCCGUCGCCGGCCGAUCGCAAGGAUCUAGAGUCCCUUGUGAAGUCCAACUGGGAAGCUAAAGUCCAAAAGCCCCUGGCUCAUGCUACACAGCACUCUCAUGAUCACUGGCAUGAUGCCAAGGAAUGGCUCUUUGACACAUGGACCGACUCCCAGUUGAAGUCGUUCCUUGACCGUCAUGGUAUUCCUGCUCCCCAGCCUCGCAAGCGUGACACGCUUUUGAAAACUGCUCGCGAAAACUAUGAGUCUAUUGCCACGAAGCUUGGAGAGGCUGUCGCCUACCCUGGUAACUGGGUAUAUGAGCAAUGGACUGAGUCUGAUCUCAAGGAAUGGCUUGAUGAGCGUGGUUGGCCGGUUCCACAGCCCACCACGCGCGACAGGCUUAUUGCAUCGGUCCGCCGUAACGCUCGACUGGCCAGUCUGAAUGCGAAGAGCAUCGCUGCCUCCGCCUCCGCCUCCGCGGAAGCUGCGCAGGCUACUUUGAGCGAUGCCCUGUUCAAGGCUUGGUCCGACUCCGAUCUGAAGAAGUUCCUCGAUGAGCAUGGUGUCAAGGUACCCCAGGGAUCUAGACGCAAUGAACUCAUAGCUCUGGCGAGGAAGCACCGCGCCUCUCUGGUUAGCCAGGCUUCGGAGGCUUCUGCCACCAUCUCGUCCACCGCUACUCAGAUCAUUGGUGCCGCAACCUCCAAAGCUGGUAACGAGUACGAUAAGGCCACAGAUGUUGCUCAGGCCAAGUUCCAAGAUAGCUUCGAUACCGUCAUUGAAGGCUGGUCCGACUCGCGUUUGAAGGCUUUCCUCGAUGCGCGCGGAGUCCCUGUGCCUCAGAGCGGCAAGCGAGACGAGCUCCUUGCUAAGGUGAGGCUCCACAGCCACAAGGCAGCCACUGGCUGGUCUGCUUGGACCUUUGAUACCUGGGACACUGAGCACCUGAAGAAGUACCUAUCCUCCAUGAACGCCAAGGCAGCCCACCGCGCCGACAUCACUCGCGACGAGCUUGUCAAGCAAGCCCAGGAAAACUAUGCCAAAGCAUCCAAGACCGGAGGUGCAAACUUCGCAUCGGCCACCUCCUACAUGGCGCAGGCCACUGAUGCAGCCAAGGGUUCCGCCUUCGACACCUGGACUCAUUCCGACCUCAAGGCUUACCUUGACUCGUACGGCAUCCCGGUCUACCAGGGCUCCGGAAUCAACGAACUUCGCGCCGCUGCUCGCCGCAAUGCCGAAUACUUCCGCUACGGCACCUCGUCCCCUUCGGGAACUAUCUUCGCUAAGAUGCAAGAUGCCGGCCAGUGGCUUCUGGACCAGUUGAAGAUUGGCGCAUCCAGUGGUCGUGCCCAGGGCCAGGAAGCCGCUGAGAAGGCCAAGGCUAAGGGUUCUGAGGCUGCUGAGAAAGCCAAGGCGCAGGGAUCCCAUGCUGCCUCGAGCAUGCGGGUCGAACUGUAAACAGACCAACCCGACUUCUGAUACUUUUUCUUCGAUGUUAUUCAUGUUUACGGGGGGCGUUGUUCAAGGGAUACGACGUUAUGACAUCACAUAAUGACUGCGGGUCUUGAGAGGG